AUGGGGUCAAGCCAAGGGUCAAGUCGGCAACAUGUCACUAGUACAAAACGCGUAGAUUAGUGUUGUUUAAACUGUUUAUGUGAUUAACCGAUAAAAACGAUAUUCACACAUGGUGGUAACGUAAGGAAUAAUGGCGUAUAGGUGCAUUUCUAUAACAGGGUGUUGCGGAAGCUUAAUGAGAAGAAGCGAGAUCCACAGAAGAUUGAGCCUAAGGCAGUUAACAACUGCAACGAGAAAAAUAUCACCCCGGACAUUUAGCUGCCUACUAGAAGAAUGGCAACGCUUCUGUCAAAAGCCACCAAAGGGGUUCGAAAAAUUCUACCCAGGAGCUCAGAAGGCUGCUCCAAAGCAAGCCUCAGAGGGUGCAAAAGAAUCAAAGGAGGACAGCAAUGCAAAGGAUUCCCCACCAAGCAAGUCAGAUCCCAAUAGUGAGGGUGCAGGGACACCCAAAGACGGAAGCACACCCCCAACACCAAAGAAACCUACAGACCCAUGGCCUUUUUCAUUUGGGUCUGGUAACAAAGGGAAAGGCUCAUUUGGAGGCAGCGGAGGUAACGAGGAGCAACAGAAGAUGAUGUAUAUCGCCGCGGUAACGGGACUCGGCUUCCUUGGUCUGCUCGCACUUUAUGAGAUGAAUCAUAAGGAAAUCACAUGGAAGGAGUUUGUCGGCAACUAUCUCGCCAAGGGCAUUGUUGAGAAACUAGAAGUCGUCAACAAGAAAUGGGUGCGAGUGAAGCUGCUACCUGGCAUCCAGGUAGAAGGUGGGAAUGUGUUGUGGUUUAACAUUGGCAGCGUUGAUUCUUUUGAGCGAAAUCUCGAGAACACUCAGCUAGAGAUGAACAUUGAUGCGGCAAACUUUGUCAAUGUCGUCUACAAGUCCGAACUCGACGGGUCGAGUCUGAUGAGCUUUGUUCCAUCUAUCCUACUCAUCGGUUUCCUGUUGUGGAUGAUGCGGCGAUCGGCUGGAGCAAUGGGCGGCGGCUCAAAGAAAGGAGGAAUCUUUGGCAUGGGCGAGAGCACGGCCAAGCUCAUUAACAAGGAUGAGAUCGGAGUUACGUUCAGGGACGUAGCUGGCUGCGAAGAGGCGAAGAUUGAGAUCAUGGAGUUUGUGAAUUUCCUGAAGAAUCCUCAGCAAUAUAUAGAGCUGGGUGCGAAAAUUCCCAAGGGUGCGAUACUAACAGGUCCACCCGGUACUGGAAAAACUCUACUUGCGAAAGCAACUGCCGGUCAGGCUAACGUACCAUUCAUAUCAGUGUCUGGCUCGGAGUUUUUAGAGAUGUUUGUCGGAGUCGGCCCAUCAAGAGUGAGGGACAUGUUUUCGAUGGCGCGGAAGAACGCACCCUGCAUACUGUUCAUCGAUGAGAUCGAUGCGGUGGGCAGGAAGCGAGGCGGCAAGAACUUUGGCGGCCACAGUGAGCAGGAGAACACGCUAAAUCAGCUACUCGUCGAAAUGGAUGGGUUUAACACAACAAGUAAUGUAGUUAUACUAGCAGCAACCAACAGAGUUGACAUCUUAGACAAAGCGUUACUGCGUCCUGGACGAUUUGAUAGGCAGAUAUUUGUCCCUGCACCAGACAUCAAGGGCAGGGCAUCUAUUUUCAAGGUGCAUCUCAAAGGGCUGAAGUGCAAGUUGGAUAGAAAUGACCUGGCGAGGAAGAUGGCUGCCCUUACUCCUGGUUUCACAGGUGCCGACAUAGCAAACGUGUGUAACGAAGCAGCACUGAUUGCUGCUCGCACGCUCAGUGAAUACAUCACGUGGAAGGACUUUGAACAGGCUAUCGAACGAGUUGUAGCAGGAAUGGAAAAGAAAACGCAGGUGCUCCAGCCAGAAGAGAAAAAGACGGUUGCAUACCAUGAGGCGGGACACGCAGUCGCUGGCUGGUUCCUGGAGCAUGCAGACCCUCUGCUGAAGGUAUCAAUUAUUCCCAGAGGCAAGGGACUCGGCUAUGCACAAUAUCUCCCUAAAGAACAGUACCUGUAUUCAACGGAACAGCUGUUUGACAGGAUGUGCAUGACACUUGGAGGCCGAGUGUCAGAGCAGUUGUUCUUCAAGCGUAUCACAACGGGUGCUCAGGAUGACCUACAGAAGAUCACGCAAAGUGCCUAUGCACAGAUUGUGCAUUACGGCAUGAACCCGAAGGUCGGUAACCUGUCGUUCGAGAUGCCACAGCCAGGUGAGAUGGUCAUGGAGAAGCCCUACAGCGAACAGACCGCACAGGUUAUUGACGAGGAGGUAAGGGAACUUGUGAUGAAAGCAUAUGACCACACUAUGACAUUACUGACAGCAAAGAAAGAGCAUGUAGAGAAGGUAGCGCUGAGGCUACUUGAGAAGGAGGUUCUAAAUAGGGACGAUAUGAUAGACUUGCUUGGGCCAAGACCAUGGAAGGAAAAGUCUACUUAUGAGGAAUUUGUUGAAGGUACUGGAUCGUUUGAAGAGGACACACAGCUUCCAGAAGGUCUAAAAGAUUGGAACAACCCUAAAGAGAAGAGCAGCGAUAAGCGAGAUAAGCCAAGCAAGCCAGACCAGCAACCUGCUACCCCGUCAACAUGACAACAUGGCUAACGGCAAUGUGUUAUACGGAGUGUCCGUAUUACGAGCCAAUUAUUACGUGUUCAGAAUCGGAUCGUGUCUUUAAGACAACCACUCCCCCCCCCUGAUUUCAUCGCUGUACGAAGCCUGAGAUUCCAGUUACCAUGGUUAACGUUUUCUUAACUGAGGCGAAGGCUAAACUUGCACGUCACAAAUGUUUUCUCACCAAGAGACAUUAAGGUGGGCGCUCUUACUGUGUCAGAACGACGUUUUCUAUUACAAAAUGUUAUAGAUAGACCCGAGGACGAAUGUGUAGACAAAUAGAAACGAUUUCGAUCCAACUCCAAGACUCGAAGGUAAUGGCAGAGUAUCAUUCGUAAAUGAUAGAAGUUUGUUGGUGUUUUUAAAAGCCCUUUCCUUUACCAUGAACGUCAACCAGAUAACGCAACACAUAGAAAAGUAGAUACGCCUGGCUGGAAAGAGAGUGAAGUUAUCUAUUUAAGUUUGUGAACAUUGCAGAUUAUGUAAUAAAUGAAAUGACUGUGCACAGUAUUUCGAGUUA